AAAAGAUCAACAUGGCAACCAUGUUCACCGAGGAAGAAUUAGCCAAUUUCCUAGGAGUAUUGCAAGUGACGUCAGAAUUUAUAGAGAUCGACUGUGGCUGCACCAAUCCAAGAUACGGCGACACACCAGGCAAACUUAGGGUUUUCAUUGACGGCAAGCUCGAGAUCGAUUGCACGUGUCGAACCGACUGCGACAAAGCAAGAGUAUCGCCGGUGGAGUUUGCGAAGCACGCGGGGAAAAUAAACGCGCACGCGAACUGGAAGAGUCAGAUAUGGGUGUUUAGUAAGGAUGGGAGUAAGGUGGGGGUGUGGAAGACUUGCUUGUUGAAGCAUCACAGGUUCACUUUCGUGAGGCCUCUGCGGCAAGUGACGCAUCGCGACGAGUUCAUGCGCUGCGCCCAAUGCGGCAAGGAUCGUAGGUUUAGUCUUCGAACUAAAGAGGAUUGCAAGAUCUAUCACGAUGCUCUUGUUAUCACUGAUUGGACGUGUUCCAACAUGCCAAAUAAUACAUUGAGUUGCAGUGUUGGUGAGGAGCGGGAGUCUCGGAAAGUGAAUAGAGGGUGCCCAAGGGCUUCCAAAUGUGGGGGUUGCGAGCAAUGUGUGUGUUUUGGGUGCGAGAUGUGUCGUUUUGAGACUUGUACUUGCCAAUCAUGUAUUGACUUUAUAAUCAAUAUGUGA